UUUGUCGUGUUCGCCCGUGGCCGCCGAUCGUGUCACCGCUGAUUGUGCGAGUAGUAGUGCUAAAUAGUUUGCGGUAUCCGGGGGGAAAAAGAAAGCCAUGGGGCUCGCGAAGACGGCCGUCUUCGCCGGCUGUCUCCUUCUCUUCCUGGCGGUCGACGCCUCAGCGAGUAAAUGUACAGUCGGCUGCCAUGGAUUGCACGGAGGUAAAGCCUAUCAGGAAGGACAUACAUAUAUAUACGAUUUGGAAGGAACGUCCGUAACGACGGUUCCCGAAGCUCAGGGUGACGCUACCUUGAAGCUGAAGGGUAUCGUUGAAUUGACAGCGAAGCCUGAUUGCAUUCGGCAGAUCCGAUUGAAGGGCGUGCAAAUCAAUGGCGCCCCGAUAUCGCUGCCAGAUGUUGAAAAACAUGCGCUGCAAUUCAACUACCAUGACGGUCACAUCGAUGCGGAGGUCUGUGCCGAAGCCGGCGACUCGCAGGCGUCUCUCAACAUUAAGAGAGCUGUCGCCUCGUUGUUCCAGUCAGCCGUCUUCCAAGAAUCCGGCUCUACGACUCAUCACGAGAUCGACGUGCUCGGUGGCUGUCCGACCGACUUCAAUUUUCACAAAGACGGCGAUUCGUUGGUCGUGCAAAAGGAGAGGAAUCUGGCCCGCUGCUCCCACCGCGAAAGCAUCCGACACGGUCCCGUAUCCGCGAUUUACGAUCAGAAUUCCGACAUUCAGUCGGCUCCGUUGCUGUCGUCGCACCAGAGAAUCGAGCAGCGCUUCAAGCGCGGUAUCUUGAACAAGGCGACCUCGGUCGAAACUUACAAGCUGAAGCCCUGGAGCAAUGGCGAUCUCGGCGUUAAGACGGUCGUGCAAACCACUUUGACGCUCAACGGCGAGAAAGGCGAUAGUCCGAACGCGCCCGUCAGCCUGCCGAAAUCAUUGAUCUUCGAGGCACCGCAUCCCGUCAUCAAGUCGUCGGCCGACAGCAUCGCCGCGGCGCUGAAGGCCGCGAGCGCCGAGGAGCAAGACAGAGUGAAAGACAACGCAGCGGAGAAGUUCGCGGAGCUCAUCAAGGUCCUUCGUCUCAGCAACAAGAAUGAUAUCGUCGCGAUCUAUCAAAAGGCGAAGGCCGGCGCCGGCUUCGACAAGGUUCACGACAAGAAGAUCCUCCUGAGCGCUCUAUUCCGCGCCGGAAGCAGCGAGGCCGCGGAGGUGGUCGCGGAUCUUGUGAAGAGCGGCGAGCUCACCGGCUUGAAGGCUCUCGAGUUCUACGCCAGUCUUGGUCUCAUCUCUCACGUUCAUUUGCCUUCGGUAACCGCCAUCACUUCUCUCCUCGAUCAGCCGAACCUGCCACGUCUCGGCUACCUCGGAGUCGGCCAAGUGAUCGGCAAGUACUGUCAGCAGCACACCUGCGAGAACGUGCCCGAAGUGAAGCAGGCGAUCCAGAAGAUACGCGAGAAAGUCGGCAACGGAAAGGCAAAGAGCAGAGAGCAGGAGAAUCUCAUCGUCGCGGCCUUAAAGGCACUCGGCAACGCUCAGUUCCUCGAUGACGGAACUCUGCAAAAAUUAGCCGGCAUCGCCGAGGACAAGAACGUUCGCAAUCGAGUCAGAGUGGCGGCCAUCGAAUCUCUACCGACUCGCUGCUCCAUGAAGUGGAAGAACAACCUUCUGAAAAUUUUGGCUGAUCGCGAAGAAGACAGCGAGAUCAGGAUUAAGAGCUACCUGUCCCUCGUCGCCUGCCCGUGCCCGCACGUCGCCAGCAACCUCAAAGAAUUGUUGGACAAGGAGACGGUCAAUCAAGUGGGAUCCUUCAUCCAGAGUCACUUGCGCAAUCUGCGAGCCUCCGCCGAUCCGAACAAAGCGGAAACGAAGAGACAGCUCGGUCUGAUCAAGUCGCGAAAGAGGUUCCCGGAGGACUUCCGCAAGUUCUCCUUCAACAACGAACUGUCGUACAACGUGGGCGGUCUCGGAGUCGGUUCCACUACAGAGAGCAACGUCAUCUACAGCCAGAACAGCUUCGUGCCACGCUCCGUAAAUCUGAAUUUGACCGCUGAGGUAUUCGGACGAUCUUUCAACUUCUUGGAGCUCAACACGCGUGUGGAGAAUCUCGAUAGAUUGAUCGAGCACUAUUUCGGACCUAAGAGCCAGCUGAAGCAAGACAAUCCGGAAGAUAUAAUAGUGAGUGGAAUUGAGAAAGUAGGAACUGUCGCGAAGCAUAUUAAAGAGCGGGUCAACAAACUGCGCGGCAAGCGCGAAGUCAAACAGGGAGAACUCGACAAAUUCGCUAAAGGUGUGAAAUUGAGGAGCAACGAGGUGGACGACAAGUUCGAUUUGGAUGUGUCCAUCAAGCUGUUCGGCGCCGAACUGGCAUACCUCACGUACGACGGCAAUCCCACGCAAUUGACGCCAGAGCACAUCAUCGACAAGAUAUUUGAGAACAUCGAGGUGGGAUUCGACAAGGCGAAGAAGUUCGAUCAUAAUGUGCGAAAUAAUCUGCAGUUCCUCGACGCGGAGCUCGUCUAUCCGACGAAUCUCGGCACGACGCUGACUCUCAGCGUAGUCGGAACUAGCGUGGUUAACGCGAAGGCAAACGGCAAGUUGGACAUUCCGGCUAUCAUGAAAAAUCCGGAGAGCGCCGAUAUUGUGUACAAUACCGCGCUCAGUGCUGCCAUUCGAGUCGCCGGCACCAUCGCCGUCAAAGGAUUCGACGUGGAGUCGGGCAUGAAGCUUGUCAGCACGCUGCACACCGACACGGCGACCGAUGUCUCGGUGAAAUUACUGGACGGUAAGGGUAUCGAUAUAGUCAUCGGCGCACCAAGCAAGAAGGAAAAUAUAGUGAGCGUGAGCAGCGAAAUUUUAUUGAGCUCCGGCGAUGCGUACAAGGCUCCGAAAUUCAGCAAAGGCAAGCAAUACGAUGAUUGCUUCGAACAAUUGCAUCCAAUUACAGGCCAAACUAUUUGCGUCUACGUGGACUUGCCUUACGGCCUCGAUUCGAUCCAGAAGCGGGCCCUUUACCCUCUGAACGGCCCGGCGAAGAUCCGUGUCGAUUUGCACAACGAAGACCUAUCCGCUGUUCAUUUGAAGUUCUACCAUGACAAGUCGCCAAAGUCCCGAUCGUUCGAGAUCUUGUUCGACACGCCUAACAGCAAGACAAACAGACGCAUAUUGUUCACCGGCGAAGCUGGUGUCGAGCCCGACAAAUACGCCAAACUGUCUCUCGAUUCCCCGUUCAAGAAAGCCUCCAUCGAGGCGCGACUGAAAAACAACGAUCAAGAGCGCUCGCUCGCGCUCAAGGCGCUGAACGAUAAUCAAGACUAUUACGCGCGCGUCGGCCUUUUGACCGACGGUGCCAAGUACAAACCCGUUUUGGAGUACAACGUACCGGAGCACAUCGAGAAACUGGCGGACGCGAAAUACGGAGUGAAAACAUCUCAGCGCGGUAAGCAGCAGUAUAACGUGGAAGGUAGCGUAGAGGCGGUCGAUCAGGAUGGCGGCAAGAAAUACGUGUUCGAUAAAGUAGCGCUGGUCGGCGGCGGCAACAAGCUCAUCGGUAUUGACGGCUACGUCCUAACGACGAAGGACGCCGGUAGUGUCGAUAUCAAGGUGAAUUACGGCGAUGAAUCCAUCGCCGUGAAGGAACAAGGAAAGAAACUGGGCGACCGUCACUUCACGAUCAGUCUGUCGGCGCUGCCGACGAAGAAUCCCAACGCGGGCUUCAAAGUCGACUGGGAAUUCCGCAAGGAUCAAUAUGAGCUCGAGAACAAUCUGGACUUCGUCCAUGGCCCGGAUCUCGAGUCCGAAGUCAAUCGCUUCACCCUCAAGCAACACGUCAUCGCCAAGCCGAAUCAGAAGGGCGCGAAUUUCGUCGUGGGCGGACACAAUAAGAUCUCGUAUCCCGCGCUCAAGCUGAAACUGGAUCUCGAAGGCAAGCUCACGCCGAGUUCCGUCGAUGAGAAGAUAGACAUCGUAUACGACAAGUUCAAGUUCGGCUCGGAUCUGUCCGCCAAGCUGGACGUGGCCAAGCCGGGCAACUACGAGGUCGAAUUUGAGGCCAGACUCCUGCAGAACAGCAUCAAACUCGAGUCCAAGCGUACGUCGAUCGAUCCGCACAAGAGCAAGUACAAGAACAAAGUCGAGCUUACUCCGGGAGGCAAGUACGAGGGCGAAGUGCUCGUCACGUGCAAUCGCGAUAAGAACCUCAACUUCGAGGUUGACGGCGAUCUGAAUCUGAACGGCAAGAAGGUCAAAGCUUUCGGCAGCUUGAACGCCGAGCGCGUCGGAAAUGUCCAGUCCCGCGCGUACGUCACAGUCAACGACGUCAAAUAUAUCGAUUUCCUGCUCAAGGCGGUGCGACAAGGCGACAAUCCUCACGGCAACCUGAACUUGAAUAUCAAAAAUUAUCUAAACGUUGUCGGACAGGCGGCGAUCCAGGACGGCAAGGGUAACGCUCAGCUCAACAUCGAUUUACCGAAGAUCAAUCGAAAGAUCAAGGGUACCGGCGACCUGGUGACCGUCGGCACGCAGCACACCGCCAACUUCGAGCUUCUGCUCGACGCGGAGAAAGACCCGAGCAAACGCAUCAAACUGUCCACCGUGAGCGACGUGAAGAAGAACGCCAUCGACUCGAAGAACGUGAUCGAGGUGCUGGAUCAGAAGUUCGAGCUGAACGGCAAAGGCAAGCUGGAGGGCACGAUUAAGGAAGGCGAGCUGACCGGCGACGUGGACUUCACUCUGCCGAACGGCCAUUACGUAGUUUACAGACUCAAGCGCACCUCCGCCAAGAAGAACGAGAAGUACAAUAUUCACGUGAACACCGAGUUGGAGCAUCGCGAAUCCAAAGACGGCCCGUCGCAAAAGAUCACGUACGUCGGCGACGGCGAGAACGUCGACUUCAAGGCCUGCACGUUCCAUAUAAAGAAUCAACUGAAAGCCGUCAAUUACAACGGCGACAACGUGCAGAUCGAUCUCGAUCUUAAAAACUUGCGCGCAACCGACGGUAACAAGAGAUCAUUCGAAAUCGAUCUGAAAGCUGCGGGAACAAAACUAUCGGAACCGCUCACUCUGCAAUACAAGUCGAAAGAGCGCGAUAAUGGUGAGGUGUCGGGCGAGAUCGCUUCCUCCUUGCGCAAGGACAUCCAAUUGAAGAGCUCCGUAAACUACGUUCCCGGCAAGCCUUGCACGUGCAGCGGCAACGUCGAACUGAUAUUGCCGUUCGAAAAGUUGAACAACAUCAAAUACGAUUAUAAGACCAGCCUGCUGGGCGGUGAGAAGAAUGAAGUGUUCGAUCUGCAGGGAUCGUCGACGCUCACUUAUAACAACGAUAAAACGAUCAAGCUCGACGGCGGCCUGAAGAGCUCCGGAAUUUUCGAUGACGAGCAUCCUUACGAUCAUGAUCUGAAGCUCACUGUGACGGUGUUGAAGAACCCGCCUAUCACUAUUCACGAUCAGCUUAAGUACGAGCCUGCCGACGGCAAAGUGAAGAUUGUUCGCAACACGGCUGUGAGCAGCGGCGAGAAAGAAGUGAAAAUCACGGUCGAUCCCCUCAUAUACGAUCGCGAUCUCACGCACGUUGACCUAAAGGCCAAGGCUAGUACUCCGUACGAGAAAUUGCGUAAUAUCGACCUGGAACUCAAGCACGAGAGAGGAAAGGAUGGACGGGUAAGGAAGACCAACGCGGCUAUCAGCGCUGACGAUGCGAAGUACACAGUUCAGAGCGAGAUUCGAACCAGCGAUGUCUCUCCGCUCAUCCACAUAAUUAUCACUUGUCCGAAAGGAAAGACCGAAAUUCUUUCCAAAUUUGAGAAACUUGGCGAUCGGGAGUACAAAGGUGAAUGGAAGGUCGAGACGCCGUACGGCUUCGCCAAUGCCGAUGCACACGUCAAUCUGGAGAGCGUCGAGAAUUUCGUCAUCGACAUCAAUGUGGACAGCGACAAGCUCAAGCACCGUAAGAUUCACGCCGAAAUCGCUAAUAAGCCCACUGCUAAGGCCGGCAAGAGAAUAAUUAUCACCGUCACCAGCGACGGCAAGAAUAUCGUGACCGGAAGCACGAAUUACAAGAAACGCGACGAAGCCGGCAAAAUCACCGUUGAAGGAACCGGCAACCUCAAAAUUGGCGAGAACACGAGGAGCUCCUCCUUCAAGUAUACUCGCCAGCAAUUGACUCACGAGAAGGACGGCGAAGUCGGCGUGAUAAUCGUCCUGAACGCCAAGUUCGAUCCGGCGGCUAUCGUGGGCGAGCUGAAGCUCUCGAAUAAGGAGAUCCUGGUUUCCAACAGCUACUGCGAGCAAAGCAAGGACUGCGCCCACUUUAAGCUUCAAUCGAGCUACGACACCGACAACAAGAAUUAUCUGAACCAUCAAAUAACGGUGGAAGUUGACCUAAAGAAAUUCAACGUGCCAGUUGAAUUUGGAUUAAAGACCAGCACCGAAAUUACGGAAGCCAAAUUCGAUCACUCCGCCAAUUUGUACUUGCAUUCGUCGAAGGACAAGUCUCAGUAUUCCUAUCAAAUUUAUGCUCAUCCUAAAGAAAGCGCUGCGAUUUUGACUUUGCCGAACCGCGAACUGGCUGUUAUCAGCACAUAUGAUCUGCCGAAAACGAAGCAAACUGGAGCAUUUAAGAUCGAUGUUUCUGUUUACUUGGAUAGAAAGAACAAGCCGUCCGAUAAAACUGCUCUGGUCGCUUCUGGUGACGUAAACGUAGAAAAAGAGAGUGGAUCUGUCAGCGGAGAAAUCAAAUUCAUAUAUCCAUCUCAACCGAAGGAUAUAGCAGUGAAGGGCAGACUUCAUUACGGCGGCGAGCACUUGCUGGACGCGAACGUGGACAUCGAUGUCUUCGCGAAGAAGACGCAGAAGAUCAUUGUGCUGGCGAAAGUGAAUCGACAGGCUCUCCAGAAGGGUUACAAUCUCACCAGCGUGAUCGAAGUGAACAGCCGCGGGCAACAGCUUAAAGUCGACCUGAAAUCUCACGUGGCGGUCUCGGAUCGCGUAGUCGGUUUCGGUAGCGUGCUAUCGUACACGGACGUGAAUCAGAAACCGAGGAGCGCGGGAAUUGUCUUCUCUUUUGAUCCCACAGAGGCGUAUCUUCUCGUCUCGUCGCCCAGCAAAGAACUUCUUCGAGUCGAUACGAAAUUACAAUUACAGAAGAAUCUGCAGAAGCUUGACGCGGAAAUUGCAGUCGUCGGCAACAAGCCCAUCGUAAUUAAUGCGGAGUCAAAUGAUUGGAAUAGCUUCAAGUAUUUGGAAUAUCAGCAAGAUAAUCCCAACACGAAGCUUACCGUUAAUGGACGCAUUGUGCUCGGACAAUUGGCCGAGAUACAUGCCGAUGCUUUCAAGGACGGAACGAAGAAGCACUUGUUCAACGUUUUGAUUCACCUUGACGAAGAAAAGUUCCUGAAACCCGACUUCGGCUACAACAAGGACAACAUCAUCCAGACAUCUGAACGUUAUCGAAGCCAAAGUAUCGAGCUGCUGAAGGACUUCAAAGAUGCCGCUGUGGAAGCAGCCAACGAGUUAGACAGAGAAUUGAGGGAUCUUGUGCAACAUUUGAAGAAGGCUCAGCCGGACAUCAAGCCGCUCGCUAACUAUUACGAAGAAGAAUUAAAAAAACUGAAAGAGGAGCUCCACGCUGAUCAAACCAUCAAAGACAUACAGGCUACUUUGAAGAAGCACUUUGGAGGUAUCGCCACUGCUGUGUUAGAUACUUUGAAAAAAGUAAGCGGGCAAUUAAACGAGCUUCAAAAAGAAUACGAGCAAUUAGUCGCGAAGAUCGAAGAAGUGUGGAAGACAGUUUAUCCUCAAUUGAGAGACUCGUGCGACAAGAUAGCCAAUGCGCUCAUCCAGGUCCUCGAUGCUGCCGCCAAUAUUGCUUUGAUUUACUUGAAAGCACUACUCUCCAUAAUUAACGAACAUCAAAAGGAGCUGAAGGAAUUAGCGGUAAUAGCUUCGGAGAUCGCUCAGGAUAUCGCUAAGAUCAUAUAUAAGGGCGCCACUCAGAUUAGGAAGGACGUCGAGGAGUUCGCCGUCCUGUUGAUCAAUCAACUCAAAGCUUUGCCGAUUUACGAAUACAUAAAGGAGCAAUAUCACGACUUCAAGAUUCCAGAAAUUCCGGAAUCCAUACUGGACUCUAUCCAUGACCUCGCUGAGGUCACGAAAGGCGCGCUGCCGACCGAGGAACUUCGAAAAUUCUUCGACGCCAUUUACCAAUACAUCGUAAAACACAUCAAACACAAACAAGUUAACGAUGCUGAGGAGAUCAAAACGAUCUAUGGACUUGCGAUCGAUGCUGCCACGUCCGUCGUCAAGCUUCUGGAAUCCAACAACGUCUUGGAUAAAUUAGUGGAAAGCUUGCUCGAUACUAACGUUCCCAUCGAGUUGGAGGCAUUUACGAGCUUGCCAACGAUCACCACCAUAAAAGUGUCUCUCCUAAGUCUGUUACACAAUAACGAACUUCCAUCACUGGCGGAUCUCUAUUACACCUACAGACCCACUCUGCUGCCAGGCGACAUCGUUCCUCCCUUCAGCAAAGUCGGCAUUAUCGUCGACGGAGGCCACUUCUUCACCUUCGACGGCAGUCACUUCAGCGUACCGGGCGACUGCACAUACGUAUUGGCUCAGGACAUACAGGAUGGCAAUUUCUCCGUUGUCGCGAACUUCAACAAAGGAAAUCUCCAGAGCGUGACCGUUACGGAACCUAAAGAGAGCAUCACGCUAAAGAACAAUGGCAACAUUCUGGUGAAUAACAAGCCGGCCGAUUUCCCAGCCAGUACGGAGAAUCUGCACGCGUUCGUCACCGCCCCGAUUGCACACAUCAGGUCCGACUAUGGUAUACACGUCACAUGCAGCUACAAACUACCUUUGGUCUGCACGAUCCGCGUGUCCGGCUUUUAUCACGGAAAAUUGCGCGGUCUUCUCGGUGACGGCAACAACGAAUACUACGACGACUACACGCUGCCGUCCGGAAAGCUUACCGAGAGCGAGACUGAAUUUGCUAACGGAUAUAAACUGAAGUCCGAUUGCGCGGCUGUGAACGCGAUCGAUCAGAAGACGCAGCAGCAACGUAAUUCACUCUGCACUGAAUAUUUCUCUGGCCAGAAGUCCACGUUAAAAGGCUGCUUCAACUACGUUGAUGUGACUCAUUACCGAGACACUUGCGACAUCGCUGCCAACCAAAAUCCUUCUGACGCACAGAAAGCUUCUUGUUUGCUCGCCGUUGCUUAUUACUCCGCUUGUUAUUAUAAAGCUGUUCCCGGAAUAAGCAUUCCACCUCAAUGCACAAACUGUAAGGUCGGCGGUAACACGGUCGCUAUCGGUGAUACCUUCAGCGUCAAGACUCCAAAGAAUCAAGCCGACAUUAUUUUGGUAAUCGAACAAACCGCGGAAAAUGAGAAAGUUUUCAAAGAUCUGAUUCCCACGUUGAUAACUGAUCUGAGAGAGGAACUGAAACUGCAGGGCAUAACGGAUGUACACAUCGGUUUAAUUGGUUACGGCGAACACUUGAAUCACCCGCAGCACUACACAAGCAACGGCAAUCUGAACAUCGAAGGCGACGUGAAAAAUAUCAAAUUCGAGGAAACGGAUCCGAUUAUAACUCUGGAGGAGGCGAAGGAAGGCGACAUCCUGAAGAUAUUGCAGUUCAUUGGGCAAAGAUUAGAUCUGGAAUUGGGCACUUUCGAGUUGACCGAGGCUUACGAGGAAGCCAUUAAUUAUUCGUUCAGACCUGGCGCGGUCAAAGCUGUUGUUGGAAUUUUAGCUACCCCAUGCGAGAAGAGUCCACUCCCUCUAUCGUUGCAGCAACUAAGGCUUCUAAUCGGACAGAAAAUAUACCGAGAUUUAGGUUUGACCUAUUACCACGUUUACUACCCCGGUGACAUCCAAGUUUCUGGUAAAUCGCAAAAGAACAUUGUUGGUUACGACAAAGAUACCGCGUAUGUGUUCGCCGAGAGUAAAAAGAGACCGCUGAACGGAAAUGACGAGCUCAGAAACAACUUGGUUCUACCUACCGCUGACGUGUGUGCCGACUUCGCUGUCGCGUCUGGUGGAGCGGCGUUCAGUUCCAAUAACUUGGUGGAUGCUAAAUCGAAUCAGAAGAAACAGUUCGCGCAGGUCACCGCUCGAAGAAUAGCCGAGGGUCUCACGAGUGUCGAGCUCGAACAGGAUUGCAAGUGCGAACAGGCUAAAGGACUUGGCGGACGUGCUCGUUGUAAGAUCGUGGAUCGCAAAGAGAAGGAACAGCUCGCGAAACAGACGAAAGGAGGGGUGAAGAGUUAAAAAAGCCACAGUACUGCGCAUAUUAAUUAUAAUUAAUUUAGAUAUAACGUAUUUGUUACUUUGUUAUAAUGCCGUAAAAUUCUUUGAUAGUGAUAGAUGAUAAGUGAUAUAAUUGCAGCAUCCGUAAUGUGCCGAUUUUUCGCAGUAAAAAUAAAAGAUGUCGGAUGCAAGACUCAAAUUAUGCCUUAUGACAAUUUCCUAAAUUUUUUUUAGAAUUAACAUAAACGCAUAUAUACAAAUUAAUGCAAUUACAAUAAAUUGGUGUACUAUUUACCGAUGUAUGACUAGCGUUGUUUUGCAGAGAAAUAAACAUUCAGCGUAAUUAAAAUCUA